UUAGGUUGCAGCGGAUCCGACGUCGGGCAGACCGGUUGUUCUGAGUAUUCGACGGUUGAGAAUCGGCCAUUGAAAAGAACGAAACGGAGUUCUUCAUCUUAGGGAAGCAGCACGCUGUUGUCAAUGGCUCUUCUUCUUCGUCAGCUGUUGAGCAAGCUCCACCCAGUGCAAAAGUGUCAGCUGGUCGGCAGGGCUUUCUCCAGAGAUUUUGCGGUAGCAAGUCGACUUUCCGCGGCGCUCGUGACAUCGCAUGACAAUGCCCCUGGCCAGCUAGUCGCGCCGGAAGCGCCGCGGUUGUCGGCCGCGCGGCGACUGCACACCUCCGGCCGCCAGCGCGGCAAGGUCAUGCCGUUCCUGCUGUCCGACAUCGGCGAGGGCAUCGUGGAGGUGGUGGUCAAGGAGUGGUACGUGAAGGAGGGCGACACGGUCAGCCAGUUCGACAGCUUGUGCGAGGUGCAGAGCGACAAGGCGUCCGUCACCAUCACCAGCCGCUACGACGGUGUCAUCCGCAAGCUGCACUACAGUGUCGACGACAUGGCGGCCGUUGGCCGGCCGCUGGUCGACAUCGAGACGGAGCCGGGCUCUUCUGACUCGGAGGACGAGGUGCAGGAGCGCGAUGCCAUCGAGGUGGUGGGCGGCGAGCACUACACGCUGCCCAUUCCGGCUAAGGUGCUCACGACGCCCGCCGUGCGCCGCAUGGCCAUGGAGAACAGCGUCACGCUCAGUGAGGUGAAGGGCACUGGCAAGGACGGCCGCGUUCUGAAGGAGGACCUCAUCCGGUUCGUGGGGGAGCGCGGCAUGGGCAAGCCGCCGAAGGUGCAGGACUCGGGGGAGGCGAAGCCGCCGCAGCCGGCGGCGGUGAGGCGGGCUCCAGCCGACUCGGCGGUUCCGGCCGAUUCGGUGGCUCCGCUGUCCCUGCCAAAGACCGCUAACGUCAUGCUGGCCGAAGACAAGACGACUCCUGUGUCGGGCUUCACCAAGGCGAUGGUCAAAGCCAUGAAGCUGUCGAUGACCGUGCCGCACUUCGGCUACUGCGAUGAAAUAGAAAUGACGGCACUGGUGAAUCUGCGUCCGACGCUAAAGAAAAGCGCCGAAGCGUUCGGCAUCAAGUUCUCCUACAUGCCGUUCAUCAUCAAGGCAUGCUCGAUGGCGCUGCUGCAUUUCCCCGUGCUCAACGCGUCAGUGGAUGCCGCCUGCGAGAAGAUCACCUACAAGGCCAGCCACAACAUCGGCAUCGCUAUGGACACGCCGAACGGCCUAGUGGUGCCAAAUGUGAAGCAGGUGCAGCGGCUGACGCUGCUGGAAGUGGCGCAGGAGCUGAACCGGCUGCAGGCGCUAGGCGCACGCGGCCAGCUAAGCGCCGGCGACCUCGCCGGCGGCACGUUCUCCCUCUCCAACAUCGGCGCCAUCGGCGGCACCUACGCCAAGCCGGUGAUCGUGCCGCCCGAGGUGGCGAUCGGCGCGCUGGGUCGCAUCCAGAAGCUGCCGCGCUUCGCUGCGGACGGCUCCGUGGUGGCAGCGCACGUCAUGCAGGCCUCCUGGUCGGCCGACCACCGCGUUAUCGACGGCGCCACCAUGGCGCGCUUCUCCAACAUGAUGAAGGCCUUCCUGGAGCAGCCCACCACCAUGCUGAUGCAGAUGAAGUAGGCGCGAGGAGCCGGAUCGCGCCGGCGGCAAGGAGUGCUCAGUGACAAUGUCUUGACACUGUCCACUUGUCCGGGCGCCGUUCGCCGUAAACGGCCGGGACGGGGUUCUCGGGUUUCAUGAAAGCAGCCUGUGCGCGUGCCGAGUCGGCGGCGGGCCUGUGAAGCGGCGCCAGUGCUGGGAAUGACGGGUAUGGGACCUUUGCUCUGUUUACACUCAAGUACGCCACGCGAGACCCAGCGGUCGCGGGUCCGGGCUGGAGGUGCUCCAGACGUCGGACGGCUUCCAUCUGAAUUUAGCGGGACGGCUGUGCUGGCCGGUUCUUGCGUUAGGAGGCCAGAAUUGACGGGGCCAUGUGCGCGGUCGGGACGCAGUCAGGGAUCGCUCCCGGCCUGCGUCUGUGCCUGGAUGUUCGAGCCAACUAAGUCCAGGCGCGGAUAUUCGGGUCAGUUGUCGAGGAAGAAGGCCGCUGCCAUGAUCUGACGCUGCGCGUUUAACUUACCUGGCCCCUGAGUGAGAGCCUAUAUUGCGGGCAAUCUAGAACCCAGACAGAAAAUAGUGCAACGCUGUUUGCACAAGAUGAACCGAUGUGAAUGGUUAGCUUUUGAAUAUGCCCUGUGAGAGACAUGUUCUGGUGUGUGCUUUUUUUAGUAAAGCUGUGCUUGUUUUGUCAGAUUUACCUUGUCCGUGGCUAAGUGCAAUAUUUUGGCGUUGCCGGUCUCGUAAAAUGUGAUAGUUGCCUAUUGUCGGGUCGUUUUCCAUGAAUGUCUGCUGAUACUUUAAGACGUUUGUGGGGUGCCGGGCUGGUGAUAGGUAUAUUUCAUGUGUGUGUGUGUGUUUGCUAGUCCGGGGAGCCUACCACAUCGUGUAGAUGUUUUUCAAGGGGGCGUCGGAGGAGUACUGGAUGUGUUAGUACGUAGUAAAUCGUCAGAUGGCGCUGAAGAACAAAUGCAAUAACACACGCA